GUGUUAAACGGAGGCUCUCAGCUCUCCCCCCACCCUCCCGCAGUAACCGUGAGUCGUGUCCAAGUAUGGCAGCAUCUUCAGCGCGGCGGCUGCAGACCAAGCCUGUCAUCACCUGCUUCAAAACUUUCCUCAUCGUCUUCAGCUUCAUUUUCUGGUUUGCAGGUACUGUCCUUUUAGCAGUGGGAAUAUGGGGCAAAGUGAGUUCAGAAGACUAUCUGGCACUAGUUGCUGAAAAAAGUACAAAUGCUCCCUACGUACUCAUUGGAACUGGUGCAGCCAUCAUUGUAUUUGGUUUCUUUGGAUGUUUUGCAACAUGUCGAGGUAGCACUUGGAUGUUAAAACUAUAUGCAAUGAUCCUGUCACUACUCUUCCUGGCUCAACUAGUAGCUGGAAUUUCUGGAUUUGUCUUUCGGCAUGAGAUUAAAACCAUUUUUAAGGAUACCUUCCAAGACGCUGUACAGAAAUACAAUGCAACAGGGUCCCCAGUAGACUACAUCCAGCGAAGUUUGCAUUGUUGCGGUGUUCAAAACUAUACUAAUUGGAUUGACACUGCAUACUUCAAAACGAAUGGAAUCCCAGUCAGCUGCUGUAAAAAUAUCAGUGACUGUAAAGAUCUGAGAAACAUGACAAUUGCCAAAGACAAAGUCUUUAAACAGGGUUGCAUUCAAUUGGUCAUUAACUUCAUGGAGACAAAUGUUGGAAUAAUCGCUGGAAUUGCUUUUGGAAUUGGCUUUUUCCAGUUGAUUGGAAUCAUGCUGGCCUGUUGUCUAUCUAGAUACAUCACAAACAACCAAUACGAAAUGGUUUAAUGGAUCUAACCAGGAGACCAAAACCUCUACAGUUAAAGGAACCAAGCCAACAGACAUGUUCUCUCUCUCUCUCUCUCUCUCUCUCUCUCUCCAAGCAAAACUGAUUUUGUACAAUGUUUUGCAUGUUUAUGGUAUAAUGUGCCACAGUAAUAGUGUUUAAAAUUUCAUAUUUAUCUCUUGAAGUUUAGAUAUGUAUGAAGCUAUACUGGUUAGUAAGAAAUGUAGAAAUCUAUUCAAUCAGAAAAGCCUUUAGUUUUGCUGUCACUUACUACCUUGAGCUUUUUCUGCAUUGGAAAUUUUCUUGGUUUUUGAAGUCUGAUUGAUAUUGUCUUUAUCGUCAAAAACUAAAUCUUUUGUCAUACUGAAGUUUUUACAUAUUUUUACAAAGUUGAAGUUCAUCCUAUUGAAAGGAAUGAAACACUAAAUAUAGUAUUUUUCUACAGUGUAUUGGAUAGCAGCUAUUUUACAGACCAUGGCCUGUGAAAGGUGAAGCAUAUACUUUGUUCUGAAAGAAUUAGAAACAUUAUUCACCCCCGAUUAUAUGCACAAGCAUAGGCAGACACAUCCAGCUGCUUAAACUAGGGCAGUUUGAUAUAGUUGGAACCUGGCAAAUGUAUCUAAACUACAGGAUUUUUAUUAAUCACCCAUAAAAGAGAAUAAAUAGUAAGUGCAAUCAAAACAAUUGGUAAUGCAUCUUAUUCAUAGACAAAUUUUAAUUUCUGAAGUGCAGUCUGUGUACACUAAAAUCCAAUAAAGAUUAUAAUCUUAGGGGUUUGAUUCAACUGGUAUAAUAUAACCUUUUAAAUGAGCAUGGCUGAUCACAAGCAAAAUUGGAAUACCUGAGCUGCCUUGGAAUUAGUAGCAAAUUUGCAUCACCUUUUUUAUUUUAAAAGGCUGUAGAACAUAAGCAUAUGCUCCUGUGAUAUGAUUUUUAAAAGUAAAAUGCUGCAGAAUGUUCUUUCCCACCUCUUCCUAAUUCAUGCAUCGCAUCAAUUUAGUAAAGAUUUCCUAUAUAUACAUUAUUCGCCAAUCUUUUCACAUCUUCAGCACUGGACAGUGUAUGUAGAGACAAGCUUCAGUAUAAUGGAAAAUGUAAUACUUUUCAGUGUUUUCCUGUAUGUAAAUUAUCUGAUUUAAAAAAAAUAAACUAAUUGUAGGAGCUAAA